AUCAUGGAAAACGUGGAAGGACUUGGACUCAGGCCAAUACAGCCAAACAAGAAUAGAAAGAAUAAAAUUUUUUACAAAGAUAAGCCACAUAAUAACCAAAUUCAGAGGAAUAAGAGAGGAAAAUAUGAUAGGAAAAAUACUGGCUCUAAUACAAAUCGGCAUCAAUCUUCUCAUAGAAAUCAAGGAUACAGAGGGAGAAGGCGUCCUUCUAGAAAGCACGAGGAUAAAAGCAGAAAUCAUUAUUACAGUAAAGAUUCUGAUUCGAGAACAAAUGAUACAGGAGACUUUGAAACCAAUUCUCAGCCGUUGCUCAAACAGAUUUUGGAAACUAGCAUGAUGGUAAAGGAUGAAAGCUCGGCUGAUACACAAUUCUCUCAAAACUUUAAACAAGAAAUGCCAAAGCCUCUCUACGAAAACAGUCAAUUCAAGGGUGAUUUCCAUUGGGAUCAAAGAAAUAACUCUGGGAUUAAAAAUGAGCACCCAUUCUCAGAAGAUUUCAGUCAGAGGAAACCUCUCCACCAGUCUGUCAGAGUGAAGCCAGAAGGCUUUGCCAACAUCAACAGUAGAUAUCAUGAAGAAAGAGUUUUUAAAUAAAGAAUUUCAUCAAAGAGAAACCUCAGGGAAUAUUUCACCCUACCCAGAUAAAUUUCAGAGGAAAAAGAGAGUCUCAAAUUGGAGAAAAAGAGACCAGAAGAAGCCUAAUUUCAGGUUCAAAGAGAACCAAAUCGAUUUUGAUGAGUACAUCCCCAUAGAUGUGGGCUAUAAGGAUGGAAAAGGUGUGUCCUACCAUGAUAAGGCUCUUGCAAGGGCUGAUAAGGCUGAAUACACUCCACCACCAGGCAGGCAAGAGAAUGCUCACAAGACACUCUUUGUAAAGGGGUUUAGCCCUCAAACGAUCGAGGAAGACCUGUUCAAAGCAUUUAAACCAUUUGGAAAAAUCAAUGAUAUCGCCUUAAUCAGAGAUAUUGUCACCAAAAAUUCCAAAUGCUAUGGAUUCAUCCAAUUUGAUGAGUUUAAUCAGGCUAAAUAAGGCAUUUGAUGCAGGAAAUGAUAUCAAAGUUGGAUCAAGAUAUGUACUAGUAGACUUUGUCAGAGCAGGCAUUCAGAAGAACUGGAAACCACGCAGAUUAGGAGGAGGAUAUGGUGGUAAGAUCAAGUCUAGUCAAAUACGAUUUGGAGGAAGAGAUAGACCCUUUGGAAUUCAAGGAGAUAUGCUCAAAACAGUCCAAGUUGCUAACAACGACCUUGGUAUCGUCAUAAAUCCUACUAGUAUGACAGAAAAUAAUUAUCCUAAUGACAAAUAAAGAGUAUGGAAGACUUGGAAAGAAUGUAUUCACUAACUCCCAAAUCGAUCAGAGCAAUAAGAUGAAAUACCUCCUAAAAGACUUCGAUGAUGCAAAGUUCCAAAACAUUGGAGUAGCAAGACCCAUGAACCUCUUCUAACAGGCAUACCUUACCCCCCUAUACUAAAAUAUCCAUUAUAUAUUUUCAAUAAUUGAC